AUGACAAUGGAUGAUGUCGGUGACAUCGAAGACUUGAUUUCUUCUGUUGCCGAUGUUGCUGAGAUUGGUAGAGUCAAACCUAGGAACAUUGUAUCUCUGCGUCCCAAAGUUAAAGUCAAACCAAGAAGACAAACUGAUCAUCCACCAUCCCAAAUCCCUGGCACCCAAACAAUAUUUAUUAAGACUUGGGGAUGUUCACACAACAGCUCAGAUGGGGAGUAUAUGGCAGGUCUUCUAUCAAACUAUGGAUAUAAAAUAACCGAGGACAAAACCAUUGCAGAUCUGUGGAUACUAAAUAGCUGUACUGUGAAAAAUCCAGCUGAAGAUCAUUUUAGAAAUGAAAUUUCUACUGGAAAAAAAUCUGGGAAAUUUGUGGUAGUGGCUGGUUGUGUACCUCAGGGGGAUCAAAAGUCUUCUUUUAUUCAAAAUUUAAGUGUUAUUGGCGUUCAGCAAAUAGACAGGGUAGUAGAAGUAGUAGAAGAAACAUUAAAAGGACAUACUAUUCGUUUGUUGGGUCAAAAAAAGAUAAAUGGAAAAAAAGAUGGUGGUGCCAGAUUACAGUUACCAAAAAUGCGGAAAAAUAAACUAAUUGAAAUUAUUGCUAUUAGCACCGGAUGUUUGAAUCAGUGUACCUAUUGUAAAACAAAACAUGCAAGGGGCAACCUUGGUAGUUAUCCUCCAGAUGAAAUUGUACAAAGAGCCAUAGAAUCAUUUAAUGAAGGUGCUGUGGAAUUGUGGCUAACAAGUGAAGAUACUGGUGCAUACGGGUUGGACAUACAAACAAAUUUACCAGAACUUCUUUGGCGUUUAGUGGCUAUCAUACCUGAAGGUUGUAUGAUGCGUAUUGGUAUGACUAAUCCACCGUACAUACUCAAUCAUCUAGAGGAAAUAGCCAAGAUUUUAUCCCACCCUAGGGUGUAUGCAUUUUUGCAUGUGCCUGUACAAUCUGGAAGUAAUCAAGUAUUAGCAGACAUGAAACGUGAAUACUCAAUCGAAGAAUUUGAAACUGUUGUUACUUUUUUGAGACAGAGAGUACCUGGUGUUUCUAUUGCAACAGAUAUUAUUUGUGGCUUCCCAACUGAAACAGAAGAAGAUUUUUCUGAAACAAUGAGUGUUUGUGAAAAAUAUAGAUUUCCAAGUUUAUUUAUUAAUCAAUUUUACCCACGUAAAGGAACACCAGCUGCAAGGAUGCCCAAAAUUCCCACAGACAUGGUUAAAAUUCGGACUAAACGUCUGACUGAAUUAUUUCAUUCUUACACCACGUAUGACCAUAGAAUCGGUGAAGUACAGGAGAUUUUGAUAACUGAAGAAGCUAAAAAUGGUAUUGAGUUGAUUGGACACAAUAAAUAUUAUGAACAAGUUUUGGUGGCAAAAGAACCAGAAUUAAUGGGCAAGUGUAUUAAAGUAAUUGUGAAGUCUGCAAAAAAACAUUGUCUAAUAGCUGAAAUGGUGGACAAACCAAGAAUUUUUAAGCAUAACCUUCAAAAAAUUAACGAUAUGUACUCGAUAUGGCCUGUAUUUGCUUUAUUAGUUUGCGUUUUAGCAAGAAUACUUUGGUUAUUGGUGUAA